GAAUGUUUAUAAUAUAUUGUGGAUGCGUAGGACCAGAUGUUGUUCUGCUCACUGCCACUCCCCCACAGGCAAUGUUGCUGCCACUGCUGCUGCCAACACCACUGCUGCCAAUACCACCACUCCUGCUGCUACAAAAACAACUGCUUCUACAAAGAAAAAGCCUGAUCCAUCGCGAAUGAAGCUAGUUAACCCUGUGACUAGGAGCAAGGCAAAGACAAAAGCAGCAGAAAGUGAGGGUGAGGAAGAAGAGGAUCCUAAUACAGUUGAUGGAGCAGGUACCUCUCAGACAGAUAAAAAACCAAGCCACUCUCAGACAGAUAAAAAACCAAGCCACUCUCAAGCAAAUAAAAGAACAGCAGGUCCUCCUCAAUCAGAUGAUGACGAUGACCUUGCCCACCCUUUCUCUAUGAAAGAACUGCGCCUCAUGAGAAAGGACUUCACCCGCAUUGAUGGUGAGGGAAUCCUUCCUUGGCUGCUCCGAUGCUUUGAUAGUGGUGCUGAGACCUACAAUGUGGAUGAGAGAGAAGCCAAGCAGUUGGGAUCCCUGGCCAGAGAUGCUGGUAUUGACAGAGCACUUAGUAGUAAGACAGGAACUACUACCCUGUGGGACCGACUUCUUUCAGCUGUGAGAGAGAGAUAUCCCCACAAGGGUGACAUCGGAUGGCGCCGAAGCAGAACACCCACUCUCGAGAAAGCCAUCACCUACUUGAGAGAGAUUGCUGUGCGAGAAGUGAUCUAUAAUAACGAUGGAAUCACAGAUCCUGAUGAUGUUGAGUGUGACACACAAAUGUUCCGGAAGUUUGUUCAGGCUGUACCAGCAGCGCAUGCCCAUAUAUUCUCCUUCAUGGGAUGUUUUGAAGGUUACGAAAGACCAACUGUACGUGAGGUAACUGUUAAAGCACGACAGUAUGGAGACAUCCUCUCUGAUUCCCUUUACUUCCAAACCUCAGCCGUUAAGAAAAUGGUUGACAGGAAGUAUAAGAUGCCAAAUGGAAGUAAACUCCAGACUCUUCCUAGAGACAACUGGUCACGUGUUGCAGCCAUUAAGAAGAGACGUCCUGCUACGAGACAGCAGCAAGGAAGACAGGACUCACUGCGACGCCACCUGUGGUCUCUCUUGAAAAAUCAUUUUAGAGAGGACAUGAGAGUCUGGGACAAGAAACCCACUGAUAUGCUCCAGUUACGUGUGCAAGAGCUUCUAAACAGAACAAAGCCAGGAGAUGGUUCUUCCAAGAAGAAGGUUGCACCAGUCAACAACCAGGAUGGUUCAUCGAGCUCUAGUGCUCAACCUUAGGGAUGCCCUGCCUCCAGCCAGGAGGAGGAGAGGGACAACCGAGUUUAUUGGACUGUGUGGAUUCGGUGGCCUGGCACAUUAGAACCACAAAGAUAUAAAGCUUUGGUGGAUACUGGUGCACAGUGCACUCUAAUGCC